CUUGUAACUGAAAAGUGAACCACAAUAUACAACAUUGAACCUUUAAUUAAUCAACAUGCGUCCGUAAUGUUCAAGAGAGGUUCUCAGUCACCUGAUUCUUUUGGGCAUCUUAUGAUUUACCGUAUGAGAUGAAUUCUAUCCUGCCGCUUCUGAGAGGAGCGUCGCCGAGAUACCCCUACCCCUUGAGACUCUCAUCAAGUGUAGUAUCACGAGCUUUCAUAUCCACCACGGUCCCAACAUCUAUCGCCGGUUUCCUCCAUUUUAAGCCGCAAGAUGCUGUCUCAGAUGUGAAGAUCGACGGUUUCGUUCGGUCCGUCCGUGCACAAAAGCGACAGUCUUUUGUAGCUCUUGGGGAUGGUUCUUCCCUUGAAUCACUCCAGGCCGUAGUGCCUUCUGACCAGGCCGAAGGUCUGACUGUCGGGGCCGCUGUCCGACUACAUGGGUCUUGGAUUCCAUCCUUAGGCCGCGGACAGAGCCAUGAGCUACAAGUUGAACGAGCCACAGUGCUGGGACCGUCUGACGCCAAGACGUUUCCGAUCCAGAAGAAAUAUCAGACUCCCGAAUAUCUAAGGACCUUGCCGCAUCUUCGUCCUAGGAUCCCGUUUAAUACUACCGUUCUUCGAUUUCGCUCUGAGAUAAUGGCAUCAUUAACUAGGUUUUUCGCAACCCACCAUUUCGUACAGACUCACACUCCUAUUCUCACAUCCGCAGAUUGUGAAGGUGCCGGUGAGGUCUUUCACGUGUCGGCUGGCGAUCCUAGUCCGUUGCCUUCAAAAUCUAAGACAGACAAACUUAAAUCCUUCUUCCGCCGUCCCGUCUAUACGACUGUAUCAGCUCAGUUGCAUUUGGAGGCUCUGGCUCAGGCUCUCGGUAAUGUAUGGACGCUGUCUCCGACUUUCCGUGCAGAGCAAAGUGAUACUCCGCGCCAUCUUAGCGAGUUCUAUAUGUUGGAGGCAGAAAUGAGCUUUACUGAUGAUCUGAACUCUGUAAUGGACCUCGCAGAAGGUAUGUUGAAACAUAUCUGCACCGAUCUGAGUACGUCAAGGGUCAAAGAUGAGCUUUUGGUACGAGCAGGCGACCGACCGUCAGAUUUGGCUCCAGCAGAACAGGUCGAGCAACGUUGGGCGGGUAUUUUACUGCCAAGCUGGCCUCGCAUUACCUAUACCGAGGCCAUCGAAAUAUUGAAAAGCUCCGAUACGGCUUUCGUCCAUAACCCCGUCUGGGGGAAGGAUCUUAACACCCAGCACGAGAAAUACAUUGCGAUGAAGGUGGGUAAUGGUAGCCCGGUAUUUGUCACGAACUAUCCACGUGAUAUCAAGGCUUUCUACAUGAAGGCUAAUGUGGGAGAUUGUGAUAAAUCCCCACCUAGUGCGACAGUCGAAUGCUUCGACCUCCUCGUACCAGAUUUCUGCGAAAUUGCCGGCGGGUCUAUGCGUGAGCAUCGACUGGACAACCUGCUAGAGUCUAUGCGCGCCCACGGGAUAGCCCCAACCUCCUCAGAUGGUGCUAUCAAGUCAGAGUCGCCGCAAUCGACUGAGAAUAACCUUAAUUGGUAUGUCGACCUACGCCGUUGGGGUUGUCCUCCUCACGGCGGCUUCGGCGUGGGAUUUGAUCGGCUGAUAUGCUAUCUCUCCGGCAUCCAAACAAUACACGACACUUCCGCGUUCCCCCGCUGGUACGGCCGAUGUGAUUGCUGAACACAAUAUGGAUGGCGGACAUGCCGUGCUCGUUAAUGCUUACUUCUCUGGGACGUGGGGAGUGUCUCGUACAACCCUCGCACAACGCGAUUUGAUCCAGACUUGACUGCCGAACAAGCUUUGUGGCGUCUGUUGUGCGUUGAUUCGGACCUCACGAGGACAGAAUCAAAGUCUGAGGCUAGUUUUGACAGGUCCCAGACACAGCAUCUUAUUCUUGUGUUGCUUCACCCAGACUUCACUUGCAUUUGAAUAGAGUCGUUGCAUAUUGCAAGGAGAGCAUUCAUCAUCCACCUGCAGGCUCGGCCCUAGUGCACUACGAAACUUAGAGUAACUUGGACAGUCCUACUUGAUUAUGAUAGGAGGACCAAAUGCUUAG